GCGCAUGCGCGAGUGGAAGGUACCAGAAGGAGGAAGAAGCAGACGGAGAGGGAAGAUGGCGGCGGCGAGAGAGACGACGACGACGACGACGACGGGACGGUUCGGGAGACGGAGGCGCCAGUCGGCCCCGGUGUCGGACGGCGCUGCCAAGCGAGCGCGGUGGCGGCAGGAGCAGGAGGAGAGGGAGGAGGAGGAGGAGGAGGCCGCCUACUGCCACAUGGUGUCCCUGCACCAGAUGUUCCAGCUGGUCGGCUCGCAGCUCAGCCAGGCCGACGUGGACGCCAUGUCCUUCCUGCUGGACGAGGCCUACCCGCCCGCGCUGGGGCCCGGGCCCCUGGACACCCCCCACCGCCACCACCACCGGCACAGCCCGGCCCGGCCCACCAGCUGCAGCGGCGUCCGGCUCCUCUACCAGCUGGAGCGCCGCGGCCUGUGCGACGAGGCCAGCCUCGGGCCUCUGCUCCAGCUGCUGCGGGUCAUCACCCGCCACGACCUGCUGCCCUAUGUGGGGCAGAGGCGGCCCGCCGCCGCAGUGUCUCCUGAGAGAUGUGAUCAAGCAAGAUGGGUAUCUGGAACGACAGACCGGAUGGAAAGCUGCUUAAAUUCGGAGCAGGCUGAUUCAACACGGAGGAAUUGGGAAUCAGGAACAUCUUCAAACAGGCCACAGAGUGUAGGACACGGCAGGGGGAGAGGCCGGGCUGCUGGUAAACGAAGGGGCCGCAGGAGCAAUGUGCCCUAUAACCAGGAAGCAACGGACGAGCAGUCUCCCCAGUUACCAAAAGCAACAUGUGGUGAGUCUUUGUUUUCCCUGUCCAGCCAUUGUGCUUGCUUUAAUGUUACACUCAGUUUUCAGCGCCACCUCUUUAAGGACAGUUUUUUUUGUGUGGCUGUCUGCUCAACUGCCUAGAUGGUUGCACAUUCAUCAACCAAAGCUGAGUUUAUUGGGUAUUAAAUCCUACUGGUUUUUAAUUACGGCAAAUGCCCUCGAUGUGAAAUGGAAUUAUUGUAUAUUGAAAGAUCGAGGGGGGUGGGGGGUGGUUUAGACACGACAUGUUCGCGGGUCACAAUGAACGGGGCACCAGCAAAGAUAUGUCCUGUUAAUGAAUGCUUACUCAGAUUAGCAGUUGCUAAUAUCUCACCACCCCUAGAAGAUUGGUCAGUGCAAAAUUAAUCUCUGGUCUUCACCAGAUGAAAGUGAUUAUUCUGUGGACAGUUCAGUUUCCAGUAAUCACAAUAGCAAAACAGCUUUGCCAGAUUGGAUGUGUUUUCUUCCCCCACCCCCCCACUCUGGGGACACACUAUUCUGGAAGAAAGAUUUAGCUUUGCCUUUGGGGGUAGCACCUCAUGUUAAAGCUGCCUUGUAAACUUUGCGAUCCUUUUUCUGAUAUGUAAAAUUCCAUUUUUAAUAGCUAUGUGUACAAGAGGGUUUCUAAAUAAUAGUGCCUGGUCAGUGAAGAGUGACAGUACAAUGAAUAACUCUGAGGCAAUGGUACGGCCUUUUAAGACCAUUUUUCCGAUCAAAUUCUUAAUGUCUCAUUUCUUGCGUAGUUGGGUUGGGGAGGUAGCGAUUUGGUGCAGAAAUCUGUACCCGUGCCCACAAGUCAAUACUUGCAUGGUGUCCAUCUUGGAGCGAUUAGUGUGGGGUUUUUUUUUUGC